AUGAAGUUCACCACCUCCCUCGCUAUGGGCGCCCUGUUGGCCAGCAGCACCGCGCUGGCGGCGCCGCACGACCGCCGGCAGUUCUCCGGGUUCGGCGGCGGGGACUCCAAGUUCACGAGCGGCGGCAAGUCAGACCAGCCGUGGGGCAACGGAUUCGCAGCAGCUGAUGGCAGUAGCAGCGCAGUCUCGAGCUCGAAUUGCGACGAGGACGCCAACUACAUGAUCAACGAGAACUGGGCGGGGGUGGUGCUGGAGUCGGCGCCGGCGUCGAGCGCGACGUACACGUAUGUGGCGGCGACGUUCACGCUGCCGAGCGUGACGCCGACGGCGGCGCCCAGCAGCAGCGAUACGCAGGCGGUGUCAUUCUGGGUGGGCAUUGACGGGGCGACGGCAGGCAACAGCAUCUGGCAGACGGGCGUGGACAUCUACGUGGACAGCAACAACGAGACCUCGUUCGCGGCCUGGUACGAGUGGUACCCGCUCAACUCGGUCAACGUCGAGAUGGACUUCUCCAUCGGGGACGUGGUGUUUGCCUCGGUCGAGGCCACCAGCGACAGCACCGGCACGGCUAUUAUCGAGAACCGCACCACCGGCAAGAGCAUCACCAUGCAUGGUAGCGCGCCCGACACCGCCUCCAAGCUGCAGGGCCAGAACGCCGAGUGGAUCGUCGAGGAUCUCGCUGUCGAUGGCGAUGGGUUCACUUUCUUGGACUUCGGAGACGCCUUCUUCACCGGCUGUGUGGCUAAGACUGCCGACGGCAAGGAGUAUAACCUCGCUUCGGAUUCCGCCGCCCUCUACGCCGUCCAGGAUACCCAUAGCUCCAGUGUGCAAGCGGUGCCGAAGAUUCUGGGCAAUGAGAAGUUGCAGGUGACUUUCCAGUAGAUCGAGUCUGGGUAUCGUUGAUCGUUUGGUGAGGUUGUUGACAGAGUAUAGUAUAUAUGGCGGUAUAUAAUGGCUGUA